GUUUAUAGUUACUCCAAUAGGGUCACAGCCUAGCCUCAUCUUAACUAGAUUUCCUUUCUAGUUUCUUCUUCCUUUUUUCUCUUUGGCUAUUUAUUAAAUUGGCAAUUUUUUACUGAAAUUCUGCGAAAAAAUAAAAUAAAAUGGCUACUCUCACAAACUUUUUGCUCAAACCCUCUCCUGAUCUCGCUUCAAUUACCAAAAUUAGCCCAUCACUUUACUGCAAUUUCCCUACAAACCAAUCUUUCGAGAAAUUGAGGACUUUCAAAACAAACAGGCCCUUAUUAACUACAAAGGCUACAGCAGCACCUGGUGUUGAGAAAAAAGUGAACAAAGAUGAAAGAAUACAAAAGGUUAAUAGUAUGGAGGAAUUGGAUGAAGCACUUCAAAAAGCCAAAAAUAAGCUAGUUGUGGUGGAAUAUGCAGGCAAAGAUAGUGAACGUUCCAAAAAUAUUUAUCCUUUUAUGGUGAAUUUAAGUAAGACGUGUAACGACGUUGAUUUCUUGCUGGUGAUCGGUGAUGAAUCGGAGAAGACCAAGGCACUCUGCCGGAGAGAAAAGAUUGACAAGGUACCCCAUUUCACCUUCUACAAAAGCAUGGAAAAGAUCCACGAGGAAGAAGGCAUAGGACCAGACCAACUAGUCGGGGACGUACUCUACUACGGUGACAGCCACUCCGAAGUGUUACAGCUCCACAGCAGAGAGGAUGUAGAAAAAGUAAUUCAAGACCACAAAAUCGAUCAUAAACUCGUAGUCCUCGAUGUUGGAUUGAAGCAUUGUGGACCAUGUGUUAAAGUUUAUCCAACAGUGAUUAAGCUAUCGAAGCAGAUGUCUGAUACAGUUGUGUUCGCGAGAAUGAACGGUGAUGAGAAUGACAGUUGUAUGCAGUUCUUGAAAGACAUGGAUGUAGUUGAAGUGCCUACUUUUUUGUUUAUAAGAGAUGGGGAGAUUUGUGGAAGGUAUGUUGGAUCUGGGAAAGGAGAACUUAUUGGAGAAAUUCUUAGAUACCAAGGAGUUAGGGUUACUUAUUAAAAUUGUUGAAAAAUGUUGAGCUUAAUUAUACUUAAUUGGGACAUUUGAUUGUGAGAUGAUUAUGGACUAGUUAAGUGUUUGUGGUACAAAAAGUAACCAACUUGGCUUGGUUGAGAUGUUUGGUAUGCUUAGUUUGUGAACUAUGUUGUAAGUGAUCUAGAUUGGCAUAAUUGAUUUUGAAUGAGAAUGUUCUUACUUA